AGGGAGUAUAAGGAUAAUUUCUAACCAUUGUUCAUAAAAUAACGGAGAUCACAAACAGUACCUGAUCUUAGCUCUAAGCUAAUCUUGCCAUCUUCGCUCCUUCAUUUCACUGUUCAUGGUCUCUUACACUCUAUCAUCCUUAAUCGGAAAAUCAACCUCAUAAUCAACGAGAAUUCUAACCAGGCGAAUCCCGCCCUCAUCUCCGUCACUCCGUUGCCAAAUCCAUACCAGAUUCAUGAUUUCUGCACCAUUACCGGCGUUUUAGAUCCAGUAGGGGCUUAGCGAUGUUGUUUUUAUCAAUCUCUAGGGGAUUCUCCUCAGCUUUGUUAUAUCUCGUUCUCAUUUCACACUUUUGUAAUGCUUUUUAUUUGCCGGGCACAUACAUGCAUACAUACUCCACUGGUGAUGAAAUCUAUGUUAAAGUUAAUUCAUUAACCUCAAUUGAGACGGAACUUCCCUUCAGCUACUAUACACUUCCUUACUGCAAACCUCCAAAUGGAAUCAAGAAAAGCGCUGAGAAUCUUGGAGAGUUGUUGAUGGGAGAUCAGAUUGAUAACUCUCCCUACCGUUUCCGGAUGAAUGUGAACGAGUCAGUUUACCUCUGCACUACUCCACCGUUGAAGGACCACGAAGUGAAGCUCUUGAAACAGAGGACACAUGAUCUUUAUCAGGUAAAUAUGAUUCUUGACAAUUUGCCUGCUUUGAGGUAUGCCAUGCAGAAUGGAAUGACGAUUCAAUGGACAGGAUAUCCUGUUGGAUACACAUCCCCAAACAGUAAUAGUGAAGAUUACAUUAUCAACCACCUGAAGUUUAAGGUUUUGAUCCACGAGUACGAGGGAGCUGGAGUGAAGAUAAUCGGUACUGGGGAAGAAGGUAUGGGUGUUAUUACAGAGACUGAUAAGAAGACGACUGCUGGUUAUGAAAUUGUUGGCUUUGAGGUUGUCCCUUGUAGUGUGAAAUAUGAUCCUGAAAAAAUGGUCAAGCUUCACAUGUAUGAUGCCACUGCAUCAAUACAAUGUCCACUUGCGAUUGACAAAUCUCAGGUUAUAAAGGAGCAAGAGAGGAUAUCAUUCACUUAUGAGGUUGAAUUUGUUAAAAGCAAUGUCAGAUGGCCAUCAAGAUGGGAUGCAUAUCUCAAGAUGGAAGGUGAUCGUGUUCACUGGUUCUCUAUUCUCAACUCCUUGAUGGUGAUCUUCUUCUUGGCUGGGAUUGUUUUUGUUAUCUUUUUGAGAACUGUCAGAAGGGAUUUAACAAGGUAUGAGGAAUUGGACAAAGAGGCUCAGGCACAGAUGAACGAGGAACUCUCUGGGUGGAAGUUAGUGGUUGGUGAUGUGUUCAGAGAACCAAAUCACUCCAAGCUACUCUGUGUUAUGAUAGGAGAUGGAGUUCGGAUAACAGGAAUGGCAGUUGUGACUAUUCUUUUUGCAGCCCUUGGUUUCAUGUCACCAGCUUCCAGGGGCAUGUUGUUAACAGGGAUGAUAAUGCUUUACUUGUUCUUGGGUAUAUCAGCUGGUUAUGUAGGAGUCCGGCUAUGGAUAACCAUCAAAGGGAAUCCAGAGGGAUGGAAGUCGGUCUGUUGGGCGAGCGCGUGUUUCUUCCCGGGCAUCGUUUUUAUAAUACUCACAGCUUUGAAUUUUAUUCUCUGGGGAAGCAAUAGCACAGGUGCAAUCCCCAUUUCCCUAUACUUCAAACUGUUCGCACUAUGGUUUUGCAUUUCAGUCCCACUCACUCUCUUGGGAGGAUAUAUUGGGACCCGGGCGGAGCCCAUCAAAUACCCGGUCCGAACCAAUCAGAUCCCCAGAGAGAUCCCAUCCCGAAAAUACCCCUCAUGGAUUCUUGUUCUCGGAGCGGGAACUCUCCCGUUCGGGACCCUCUUCAUAGAACUCUUCUUCAUCUUAUCAAGCAUAUGGCUGGGACGGUUCUAUUACGUAUUCGGUUUCCUCCUCAUUGUUUUCCUCCUCUUGGUGAUUGUUUGCGCGGAAGUAUCGGUCGUGCUCACAUACAUGCAUCUCUGUGUUGAGGAUUGGAUGUGGUGGUGGAAAGGGUUCUAUGCCUCCGGCUCCGUUGCUCUCUAUGUCUUCUUGUAUUCCAUUAAUUAUUUGGUGUUUGAUCUUCGGAGCUUGAGUGGGCCCGUGUCUGCCACGCUGUAUUUAGGAUAUUCAUUGAUAGUGGCAGUUGCGAUCAUGCUUGCCACCGGGACUAUUGGUUUCCUCACAUCGUUUUACUUUGUCCAUUACCUCUUCUCGUCUGUGAAGAUUGACUGAGCCACAUUCUUUAAUGAACUGGCCACAGGCCAUCUUUGUUUAAAGCAGGAGAAGUAUUUCUUUUUCUACAGAUAGCAAAACAAAUUCCUUAUGUUUUUUAUGCAAUAUUUGACUCAUUUAGAUGAGACCCUGUGAAUUUAUUAGCUGUUUUAUGUUCGACGUUUUUCUGCAUUCAAAAUUUGUUGUAGCAGUUGCUGAGCUGCACGUCCAUUUUUUUGGACAAUGUAUUGAUAAGGCUUUGAUACUGUCAUACUGAAAUAGCUUGAUCUGCAUGGCCGGUAAUUACUAAUUACCAGUGUUUGGAACACCUUAAAAAGACCAAUUAAUAGA